CUAGCCCAACUAUACCUUACAUCGGCAUAGUAAAUUGAUUAUUACGUCAUAUCGUUACUAAUAGAAAUUUUAAAUCAGGUAUUCCAUACCAUUCUCAAGUACAUUGGACCACGAACCGACACAAUGUGGCUACUAACAAUAAUCUUAUUGCCGAAUAUUUUAAUAGUAACAUCACAAAUCCAUGGCAAUAUACUCCAUGAAAGAGAAACUCUUAUAGAAAAGGAACUAAAAAUGAUGGUUGGACAUUCAAUUGAACUCAGUGACAGUGAAUUAGAAGCUAAUGAAAUAAUAAUGGACCUUAAGCGUGAAGAAAUAGACUACGGUUUCUGGAAUCCUAAAUAUUACAAUCUAUCGAAACAUUUCUUUGAAUAUAAAGACCUAGUGAAGGAUACUAAAUUGUAUAAAAUAAUAAAGAGUAUGCCUAAAGGUGCAUUGCUGCAUGGACACGGCAAAGCUAUGCACGGUCCAGAUUACGUGCUUGAACUAACUUAUUGUGACGACCUCUGGAUAUGCUUCAAGGAAGACCAAUCCGAUGUAAGCUUUAUUUUUUCUAAACACUACCCUGCUGGCUGCUGUGAAACGAAAUGGGAAAGAAUAAUGGAUAUAAGAAGAACUACUAAUGUUACAGAAUUUGAUGCAAAACUCAGGAAAUUCUUUACUCUUGUGAUUGACAAUCCUCAAGAAGUUUAUACAGAUGUGAAUACAGUAUGGGAAUAUUUUGACAAGUAUUUUACCCGUACUGGACCUUUGAUCAAAUAUAAACCAGUGUGGGAGAAGUAUUAUUACGAUAUGUUACUUGCUUUAAGAGAAGACAACGUCAUGUACUUUGAAAUUAGAAGUGGGUUGCCGUCAUUGUACGAUUUGGAAGGCAUAACCUAUAGCUCAGUAGACACAGCCAAAAUUUACGAGCGACUGACAGAAAAAUUUAAGAAUGAUUAUCCAGAUUUCUUCGGAGCAAAAUUGAUUUAUGCUCCUGAAAGAUCAAUUGACAGAGAAACUUUGAGAAAUUAUAUUAAAAUAGCUAAAGAAAUUCAUGAGCUGAUGCCUGAUUUCCUUGCGGGUUUUGAUUUAGUCGGUCAAGAGGAUUUGGGAAAGCCUUUAAAAGAGUUUUAUCCCGAACUAGCAAAUAUUAGCCUGAAUUUGUAUUUUCAUGCAGGAGAAACGAAUUGGUACGGCACAAGUACAGAUGAGAACUUAUUUGAUGCUAUUCUUCUUGGCACAAAGAGGAUCGGGCAUGCAUUUGCUUUAGUGAAGCAUCCUUUAUUAAUGAAAGAAGUUCAGAGGAGAAAGAUAGCUCUAGAGAUGAAUGUUAUAUCAAAUGUUGUUUUAAAGUUGGUCGAUGAUGUAAGGAAUCAUCCAUUAGCUACGUACUUGAGUCAAGAUAUGCCUGUAGUUCUAUCGAGCGAUGAUCCAGGUCCUUGGGAAGCUGAGAUUUUGACUCAUGAUUUUUAUGUUGCCUUUGUGGGAGUGUCCAGUCGACAUGCAGAUCUUAAAAUGUUGAAGCAGUUGGCUUUGAAUUCUCUAUACCAUAGUUCGUACAGUGAAAAGCAUAACUUGGUGCAUGAGUUUCAAAUCCGUUGGACAAAGUUCAUUGAUUCGAUUGUUAAAGAUCAAUGGGUUCAUGUGUAGAAUCUCGAUGUGUAUUUCUUAUUUGAUUGUUGUUUCUAUAGCUGUGAAAAUUAUAUUAAUUUGCUUUGUAA